AUGACAAAUAAAUUUCCUCCAGAAAUCUUACAAAAUAUUUUUAAAGAACUUAUUGAAUAUGGAAAUAAAACAUUAGAAAUUCAUAAAUAUUUUUAUCGUGAUUUAUAUAAUUGUUUAUUUGUAAAUCGAUAUUGGUUUUCAAAUGCAAUAAUACUUUUAUGGCAAAAUACUUUAAGAAAAUUUUAUAAAAAAAAUAUUUUAACAUCAAAAAAAUUGAUUACAACUUAUAUAUUAUCAUUAUCAAAAGAAUCAAAAGAAUUACUUUAUGAAAAUAAUAUAAUUAAUUUAAAACAAAAAUCAAUAAUUACAUUAUGUAAUUAUGAAUCAUUAUUAAAAAAUUUAAAUUUAACAGAAUUAUUUACAAAAUUAAUAUAUUGGAUAUUAAAUAUAGAAGAAGAAGAAUUUGAUAUGGAAAUUUUAGAAACACAAGAUAUUAAUAUGAUAAUAGCAUAUCAUUUUAAUGAUGAAAAAUCUGAAAUGAAAAGAAAUUUAUUAUAUAAAGAAAUUUUUAAUAAUUUUAUUAAAAAUUCAACAAAUUUAAAAUUUCAAUUAAAAUUUAAAAAUAAUAAUUUUGAAAAUCUUUUUAAUAAUAAUAAUAAUAAUAAUAAUAUAAAUUAUUAUUCAUAUUUAGAAAAUUUAACAAUAAUACCAUUUAUAAAUUUGGAAAAUUUAGAAUUUCAUACCAAUAUACCAGAUAAAGUUUUUAAAGAUUUAAGUAAAUUAAUAUUAUCAGUUAAUAAUAUUAGAAUUAAAUGUAAACAUGAACAAGAUAAAAUGAUUGAAGGAUUAAUAGAUUUUAUAUCUGGAUUAAAAAAAAUUAAUAUUAUGAAAGUUGAAUAUUAUGAAUCAUAUAAUCCAGAAAUUAUAACAAAAACUUUUAAUAUAACAAAUAAUUAUCAUAUAAUUAUUUCAUCAGAUAUUUAUAUAAGAUCAUUAGAUUUUUCUAUGACAUUGGAUAAAAUCAAAGGAUUAAUAAUUCUUAAUGCAGGAAUUGAUUCAAUUGAUAUAGUUAAAUCAUGGAGUAAAUUUGAAUUUUUACCUUUUAUAACCAAAUUAAGAUUUUUAUCAAGUACAAUGAUUGGAAUAGAUUUGGUAUUAUAUUCAAAUAUUAUUAAAAAGACAAAUGGAAAUUUAAUAGAAUUAUCAAUAUCAUUAGAUAAUGGAAAUUUUUAUAAUGAAAAAAAUUUAUUUAAAAAUAUAGCAAAAUAUUGUUUAAAAUUAAAAAAUUUUGAAUUAAAAAUUAAAAAAAGAACAUUACAAUAUAUACCAUUAAUAUUAGAAUCAUGUAAUAAAUUGGAGAUGAUUAAUUUAGAUAUUAUGGAUGAUAAAGAUAUAACAAAAUCAUUAAAUUAUAUAGGAGAAACUUUACCAAAAAAUUUAAAAAAUUUGAAAUAUUUUUUUAUUUAUCAAAAUGAAAUUAAUUGGAGUGGAAAAUAUUUUAAUGAAUUUUUAAGAAAUUGUGAAAAGAGUUCUAUAAAAAAUUUAUUAAUUAAAUAUAAAUAUAAAAAAAUUUGUGAGAAUAGGAAGGAAUAUAAAAGAAUUAUUUCGAAAUAUAUUAAUAGAGGUGUAUUGAAUAGGUAUUCAAAUAUUAAAAGAAAGAUAACGAAGAGUGUGUAAUAAUAAUAUUAUGGGUAGUAUGGUAGGUUGUGGUUAUUAUUUGUUAUAGGUUAUAGUUUAGGUGGGCGUAAUUUGUACGUAUUAACGUAUAAUAAGGGGGUAGUGUAUAUUUAGUAUUAUUAUUAUUAUGGUUAUAGUUGGAAGUAUCAUUAUGGCUGUGGAUUAUUGUGGACAGAAUUGUCAUCAUUGACAUCAUUGUUAAUACAUAUUAGUAUAAUACAUUCCGUGGUUUUUUUGAAACAUUUAUUAUGCAUAUUAAAGAAAAUAAAAGAAAUUUCGAAUGUUAUCUGCUAAAACAAU